AUGGGUUAGUUAUUAUUGAAAAACAUUGUGAAUAUUAUAGAGAGAGGUAGUCAAGAUGAAAAAGAUGCUAUUGCAUUAGGAUUGAAUUCAUGUGCAUCAGUUUCAAUACUUGUAUGCUAUUUUAUGAUUUAUCAUCUUGGAAAGUAGAAAUUCAUUAUUCACCUACUAAUUUAAACAAUUAUUGUAAUACAUUAUGAGAUAGCAUUUUAUGAAAGGAAUACUAUUUCAGCAUAAAGUGCAAUAAUUUAUAUGAUGUAAAUUCAACUCUAUCUUUAAAAACGUAAUGGUCUCUUUGACUACUUAAGCCAUUGUGCACUAAUCUAUGCUAUUCUUAGAUUUCUUAUAAGAGAAUUCACUAAUUUAUUAGUUUCAGAAAUACUUCUUAUGUUCUUAUGGUAACCACUAAAUCAUUAUUUAUUAUAUCUACAAAAAUCAAAGAAACCAUAAAAGAAAGAAGAUAUUACUACCUAAGUACACUUUUAAACAAUUUCAUCACCAUAAGUUUAACAUACAUAAGGUUUAGAUGAGAUAGUAACAAAAACUAAUAUGAGUGAAGACUUUUUUGAUUAUAUACCAGAAGGAUUAGUAAUUAUUGAUGAAUACUUCAAUAUAAUUAAACAUAAUUCUAAGAUUCUGUAAUAUUUAUAAAUAAAGGAUCCUUAAAUAAUUCCUUCAUCUUUAGAUAGUUUACUCAAAAUGUAAUUUUAUUAUCAUAAUUAAGAGCAUAAAAAAAUAAAGUUCCAAUGAAAGAAAAAGAUAGGAAAAGACCUUUACAUUUAAAAUCUAUGAAAUAAAAUAGUGAAAUGCAUUUUAGUUACACUGGUUCUUUAGCUUCAUCUUUAAAAAAGUAAUUUUGGACAUCUGAUAGAUAAUAAUUAAAUUACAGUUUUUAAAAAGGAGACUCUAUGAUUUAUCCAUCUUUAUAAACUAUAAUCAAUGAGUUUAAAUUAAAGAAUUUAAAUGAUAAUAUAACAAUCAACUCAGAAUAAUGUGGUAUUGUUAAAUAUUAGAUUACUUAAGAAUCCUCUAUUAAAUACAAAUAUAUAUCAAUUAAAAUUUAUGAAAUUAAAAUGCCAACAAAUUCUAAAUCAACUCUCUUUUUAUUUAUUGUAGAAAAUAUCACUAAUAAAGAAUAAUUAAAAUAAUUAACUAAUAGAUUUAUUUUUCAAUAAUAAUUAUUGAAUUCAUUUAGUCAUGAAUUAAGAACACCUCUUAAUUGUACUCUAUCAUUAUUACAAGCUUUAAAAAGUAAAUUAAAAAAUGAUGAAAUUAAUAAUGAUUUUUUAAAUCCAGCUAUUGUAACUAGUCAUCGUCUAUUAUAUUAAAUUAAUGAUAUAUUAGAUUAUGCUUAAAUUGAAUGUUAAGAUUUUAAAAUUAAUAUUUGUGAAUUUAGUGUUAGUGAUAUAUUUUAAACCUUAAAAGAUUUUUUCAUAUAAGAAUGUGCUCAAAAAUAAAUUUAAAUGAUAAUAGAAAUUGAUUGUCUAAUUGUUAUUAGAAAUGAUAAAGAAAGAAUAACUUAAGUUUUAAUUAAUUUAAUAAGUAAUUCAAUUAAAUUUACACCUUAAGGUGGUAGGAUUGUUGUAAAUGUUUAAAAAAGAGAUAAUUUAUAUUAAUUUACAGUUUGGGAUAAUGGAAAAGGAAUAUCUUAUUAAACUAUGUCUAAUAUUUUUUAAUAACCAAAUAGUAUGGUUUCAAGUAAUAGAGGCACUGAUAAUUAAUUUUAAUCAAAUAAAUUAGGAAUUGGUUUGAAAGUAAGUAGAGGUAUAGUUAAACAUUUGAGUACAAAUGGUGAUUUAAUAAUCAAAAGUUAAUCCGGAUGUUACACUUCAAUUAAUUUCUUUGUUGAGGAUAAAUUUAUGAAAAUUGAUGAAGAUAUUUCUGAAUAAGAAACUAUCAUGAAAUUAGCAAGCAAAAAUACUUUAAAAAAAUGUAUUUGUCCAUAAAUAUUAAUUGUUGAUGAUAUACCUUUUAAUCAUAUUGCAUUGAUAGCAAUACUCAAUAAUUUUAAUAUUUUAUCAGAAAGUGCUUAUGAUGGAGAUUAGGCAAUUGAAAAAGUAAAUGACAGAAUUAAAAAUUCUUAAUGUUGUAAAUCUUACCGUAUUAUUUUUAUGGAUUUAGAAAUGCCAGGUAAAAAUGGAUUCCAAACAUCCUCUGAAGUAAGAUUCAAUUGAUUUAUAGAUAGUGGCAAUCCUGAAAAAAGUAAAUGCCCAAUCAGUCAUAGUCAUGCAUUCAGCUUACACAGGCGAAGAAAAUGUUGAAUAGGGCCGACUAUGUGGAAUGAAAGAAUUCAUACCUAAACCUAUAUCACUUAAUACAUUGUAAAAUUUACUCAAUAAGUACUUUUCCUAAUAAGCUUGA